AUGUUCAACAAUUACUCCAUCGCAGCAGCCUUCAUACUAGCGACAGCCGUCACCGCAACCCUCGACCCAGCAACCUCCAACACAAACGGCAGCUACCCAUCCGCGCCCUCCUGCUCCCCAAUUAAAACAAGCAAAGCAAUCCAAGCGGCAGAAUGCAGCCACAACACCCGCACAGCCGGCCAGACCUUUGCCGUGUUCACCCAAGACCACCAGUACGACGGUAACUAUGGGUAUCCGUACGGCACAUGCGAAGCGUAUAACUGUGCUCCUGGGAAGGUAAUGGGUAAGAAAGCGGGGACUUGGACGUUCUUUUGGGCGAAGGCGGGCGUGGAGGGCGAGGAAAGUGGGGACGGGGCCGGGUGUAUUAAGAGUCCGAAGGAUGGGAGUUGUGGGUGUGAGAACUCGGAUGGUACUUUCGUAUAUGGGGGGACCAACUGCAAGUAG